AUGGAGAAGACAGAGAUGGGUGCGGCCAACAAGUCGGUCCCGGAGAACUCCUCCAUGGACCAGGUGCAGCAGCAGACCUCGGUCGCCUCAGGGCAGUCUGUCGAGAAGAAGAAUCCUUGGUGGCAUCCGAUCAUCGAGCCUGGCUCUGCCAUCCAGAUCAUCAUCGCUGCCGCCCUUGCAGUGGGUAUCGGUCUCGGCGUCAAGAGCGCUCACCCUGAUAUUCCCGACGCUGCGACCACGAUCCUCAUCAUCCCCGGUAAUCUCUGGUUGAGGGCUCUAAAGGCUGUUGUGCAGAAGCUCAAGGAGAUCAGCCACGGCGGCGCAAAGCUGGCAAAAUGGACAAUCGGCUACUACGUCCUGACCACCAUCGUCGCAAUCGUCCACUCCAUCAUCAUGACCUCCCAGGUCUGGGCUCGCUUGAUGACCGUGGCUUCAGCAGAGUCUAUCGCCGUUGACGGGAUGUCCGAAAAGGACCAGGAAACAUACGACGAACGUCAGGAGCAGGAUAUUCCAGCCACCGUGACCGAACUCUUCAACUCUCUCGUACCGGCGAACGUGGUCAAUGCUCUCGCCUCCGAUCACCUUCUUGCCGUUCUGGUAUCUGCGGUGGUUGUAGGAUAUCUCAUCGAUGACCGCGAUGGAAGAUCAUCUCUCAUGAAGGCUUGCAGAGAGAUCGAGGCCAUUAUCCUCGUUGUCAUCUCAUUUUUGAUCUCUCUGGCCCCUAUCGCCAUAUUCUUCCUUAUUCUUCCGAAUAUGUUCAAGCUCGAUAUCAACGACAUCGGUGUCAACCUCGGCAUCCUGAUGGGCGGCUCCAUUAGCUCGAUGUUCAUCCACCUAUUCGUGGUUCUGCCCCUUAUAUUCUUUGCCUUUACUCGCAUGAACCCCUACACCUUGUGGUUCUCAUGCUCUCCAGCUUGGUUGACCGCCUGGGGAACUGCGUCGUCCGCCGCUACACUCCCAUUGACAAUGAAAUGCGUCCGCGAAAAGGCCAAGGUCCCCAACACCAUUGCUAAAUUUGCAGUGCCCCUCGGGUGUUUGAUCAACAUGGACGGCACGGCGAUUUAUUUCCCAAUCGUCGUCGUGUUUCUCGCGCAGACACAAGGCCAUGUUCUCAAUGCCGCAGACUACAUCAUCAUUCUCUUGCUUUCGACUCUGGCGUCCAUCGGCACUACCCCUAUCCCUAGCUCUUCCCUCGUCCUGACCGUCAUGAUCUCCUCGAGUGUCGGCAUCCCGCCUAGCGGCAUGUACGGAGUAGUUGUAGCCGUGGACUGGUUCAUCGACAGAUUUAGGACUGCAACCAAUGUGUCUGGCGACCUUUUUGCUGCCGUAAUCGUCUCCAAGAUGACUGGCAUCACGGAUCCUGAAGAUGGAUCCGAAGAUGAGGUGACGGAGGUCAGACAGAACGACGAUCGCGUCUAG